AUAACUGCUCUCUCCGCAAUCAUUCAUCUCGUUCUCGCCUUCCCUCUUUCUAUCGAUUCUCUCUCUCCACAGCCUCCCCGUCUUGGAUCAGAGAACCCGGGGGACCCUCAACGCCGAACGGAAAGGAUGGUCGAAACUCGCCGGAGCUCUUCCUCAUCCAAGCGCUCUCUCUCCGGGUCCCAAACCUCUCCGCCUCCCACCAAUAAGCGAUCCAAGGCGUCUGAGCUGGCGUCUUCGUCCAAUAACGAUUCUGCCGUUUCGGCGCCGCCGAUCGAAGCUCUAAACUCUCCAAAGGAGGCUGAGUCAGAUGUCCGGGAGCCUGAGCCGCAAUCGUCUGAUCCGCCUGCCGCUGAUGUGUCUCUGCCUGAGAAGUGUGCCAAUGCUGAUGUUGAUGAGGAUGCCUUGGUGUCGAAUGAAGCUCAAGGUGAAGCUGCUGUGGAUGCUGCAAAAUCAGUGGCAGUUGGUGCUGGGUUAAACGGACGUAUCAAGAAGAGGCAUGUGAAGCAGGCAAGAUCGGGUUCUAAAGUUCCUUGGGGGAAGCUUAUUUCACAGUACUCUCAGAAUCCUCACCUGAACAUGUUUGGUACUCUUUUCACUGUUGGUCAUGGCCGCCAGUGUGAUUUAUGGCUUAAAGAUCCAAACGUCAGCAAUGUUUUGUGUAAAGUGAAGCCCUUAGAGUCUUAUGAUGGUACAUCUGUAGCUGUACUGGAAAUCACUGGUGGCAAGGGUUCUGUUCAGAUGAAUGAAAGGACUUACCGUAAAAAUGCUAGUGUGCUUCUAAAAGGAGGAGACGAAUUGAUUUUUGGUAGUACUGGUGGUCAUUCAUAUAUUUUCCAGCAGCUCAGUAAGGAUAAAUUAGGUGCUUCAGGCUUAUCUUCUUCAGUAAGCAUUUUAGAAGCGCAGAAUGAUCCCAUAAAAGGGAUUGUUGAAGCUAGGUCAGGAGACCCGUCUGCUGUUGCAGGAGCAACCAUUUUAGCAUCAAUCAAGGAGAAUCCAGAUAUGGCCACUGAAUGUGAUAUGUCUGAUGAUAAUCCGAUUCCGGAAGUGGAUAUGAAGGACGGUACCAGCAACAAUGAUGCAUCUGGUGCCUCUUCAAGGGAAAACACUGUUGCUCCAUCUGAUGCUGCCAAUGAAAACCCGAGUCUUGAUAGGCUUGGAUCGGAUGAUAUCUUGGAUGCUGAAAAUCCGAAGAUCCCUGGAGCAGCUUACCAAUUAAAGCCAUUCUUGCAAAUUCUUGCAGGUUCAUCUUCUUCAGAAUUUGAUUAUGGCAGCAUUGCUAAAAUUCUUGAUGAGAAAAGGGAAUUUAAAGAUUUCCUUAAGGAUUUUAAACGCUCAACAGCUCUGACAUCAUCCAGACGGCAAGCAUUUAAAGAUAGUUUACUAGAAGGAAUUUUCAAUCCUGACAACAUUGAAGUCUCAUUUGAAAAUUUCCCAUAUUAUUUAAGUGAAACAACAAAGAAUGUUUUGAUAUCUUCCACCUAUGUGCAUUUGAAGUGUAAUAAAUUUGCAAAGUACGCAUCAAAUCUUUCUACAAUGUCUCCUCGUAUAUUAAUUUCUGGCCCUGCAGGUUCAGAAAUAUAUCAGGAGACAUUGGCAAAGGCACUUGCUAAAUAUUUUGGUGCUAGGUUGCUGGUUGUUGAUUCUCUUCGAUUGCCUGGAGUAUCAACUACAAAAGAAGCUGAUCCUGUUAAAGAAACAUCAAGGUCCGAGAGAGCCUCUGUGUAUGCCAAGCGAGCUGCACAAGCUGCUGUUUUACAGCACAAGAAACCAACCUCUAGUGUUGAGGGUGAGAUAAGGGGUGGUUCUACUCUGAGUUCCCAACCUCUUCCAAAGCAGGAAGCAUCUACUGCAACAUCAAAAAACUAUACUUUCAAAGAAGGUGAUAGAGUUAAGUUUGUUGGUGGUGACACAUCUGGACUUCCGUCUUUGCUACCCAUGAGGGGACCAAAUGCUGGUCGUCGUGGCCAAGUAUUCCUUGCUUUUGAAGACAAUGCUUCCUCAAAAGUAGGGGUUAGAUUUGAUACACCUAUCCCUCAAGGCAAUGACCUUGGUGGCAUUUGUGAGAAAAAUAAUGGGUUCUUUUGUGCUGCUGAUUCACUUUGCUUGGAUAGUUCUGGAGGUGAUGACAGUGACAAGGUUGUUGUUGAAGAACUGUUUGAGGUCACAAUUAAUGAAAGUAAAAACAGUCCCUUAAUAUUGUUUUUGAAAGACAUAGAGAAAUCUAUUGCUGGAAGUCAUGAUGUGAAUGCUGCCUUAAGGAGUAAGUUUGAUAAUUUGCCUGCAAAUGUUGUUGUAAUCGGCUCCCAUACCCAGAUGGAUAAUCGUAAAGAAAAGUCGCAUCCUGGUGGUCUUUUGUUUACAAAAUUUGGAGCGAACCAGACUGCUUUACUUGAUCUUUCUUUUCCGGAUAAUUUUGGUAGACUGCAUGAUAGGAGCAAAGAAAUGCCUAAAGCAAUGAAACAAAUUACUCGUCUUUUCCCCAACAAAGUAACCAUACAGUUGCCUCAGGAUGAAGCUUUACUUCUGGACUGGAAGCAGCAAUUGGAGCGUGAUAUUGAAACUCUCAAGGCACAAUCAAAUAUCAUUAGCAUCCGCACAGUUCUCAACAAAAAUGGUCUGGACUGCUCUGAUCUUGAAGCUCUCUGCAUUAAAGAUCAAACUCUUACGACUGAGAAUGUGGAAAAAGUGGUUGGUUGGGCUAUAAGUCACCACUGCAUGCAAUCUUCAGAACCGUUGAAAGAUGCUAAACUUGUUAUUUCUACUGAAAGCAUUAAGUAUGGGCUGAACAUUUUGCAAGGCAUACAAAGUGAAACCAAGAGCUUGAAGAAAUCACUCAAGGAUGUGGUCACUGAGAAUGAGUUUGAGAAGAAACUUCUUGCGGAUGUCAUCCCACCAAGUGAUAUUGGAGUUAGUUUUGAUGAUAUUGGAGCCUUAGAAAAUGUGAAAGAUACCUUGAAGGAAUUGGUGAUGCUUCCUCUUCAGAGGCCCGAAUUGUUUUGCAAAGGACAGCUAACAAAGCCAUGCAAAGGAAUAUUGCUCUUUGGGCCUCCUGGUACUGGAAAAACAAUGCUUGCCAAAGCUGUUGCGACUGAGGCUGGUGCAAACUUCAUUAACAUAUCAAUGUCCAGCAUUACUUCAAAGUGGUUUGGUGAAGGAGAGAAGUACGUCAAAGCUGUUUUUUCAUUGGCCAGUAAAAUUGCACCUAGUGUUGUUUUUGUUGAUGAGGUUGAUAGCAUGUUAGGACGACGGGAAAAUCCAGGUGAACAUGAGGCUAUGCGUAAAAUGAAGAAUGAAUUUAUGGUGAAUUGGGAUGGUCUACGUACAAAAGACAAAGAACGAGUGUUGGUGCUUGCUGCUACAAAUCGGCCUUUUGACCUUGAUGAGGCAGUUAUCAGGAGGCUUCCUCGAAGAUUGAUGGUUAAUUUGCCAGAUGCCCCAAACAGAGAAAAGAUUCUGAGAGUUAUCUUGGCCAAAGAGGAACUAUCACCUGAUGUUGAUUUGGAAGCUGUUGCAAAUAUGACUGAUGGGUACUCUGGGAGUGAUAUGAAGGUUUUGCUACCCCCUCCUUUUCAUCUGUUUUCACUCUUUUCACUAUCUUGUUAGAAAAUGUGAAAAUAUUUUGAACCUAAGAACAAGGACAGCACUCAGCAGCAUGUAUAAGAAGAGAUUCUUAAAGUACACAGUGUCC